AUGGCCAAUAAACUGCAAAAAGAAGAGGAGGCCAAUUCGUUGAGAAAUGAGAAUUCUAGAUUAACUAAACAAAAGGAGGCGGCUCAAAGACGACUCCGCCAGGUGGAAGACCAAAAAGCAGAAUUAGAGAGUGCCAAAGAAAGAAUGAAACAAGAAAUAGCGGCCUUGGAACAUGAAAUGGAGCUUUUAAAGAAGUCUCAAGAUACGGACAGGAAGAUGUGUGAAGAUCUCUCCAAGGAAAGGGAUACUCUCAACAAAAGUCUCUUAAAAGCUGGUGCUCAAACUCAAAAGCAAACAAAUCUGGUGAGAUUGCAUGAACAAUCUCGACGAAAUUUAGACCAAGAGAUUGUGAACUACAAGGAAGAGGCUCAAAAGCAGAGAAAAAUAAUAUAUCAGCUAGAAAAAGAAAGAGACCGUUAUAUCUCUGAAGCCUCAGAACUGACACAGAAGGUCCUGCAGCACAUGGAAGAGGUUAAGAUGCGGGAAAUGCAAUUAUUUGACUUCAAAAAGAAGAUUGCGGAAGCCGAAACCAAGCUAAGGCAGCAGCAGAAUCUCUACGAAGCCGUGAGGAGUGAUCGAAAUCUCUAUAGUAAAAACUUGAUUGAGGCACAGGAUGAAAUAACUGAAAUGAAACGAAAGCUCAAGUUUAUGACUCAUCAUAUAGAUCAGCUGAAGGACGAAAUAUCCAGUAAAGAAGCUGUUCUUGUUCGCGAAAAUCUGGAUCGACAACGUAUCGAAAAGGAGAAGGACCAACUCACAGCGGAACUUCAGCGAAUGCGCAUUCAAGCGGCAGAGAAUAGGGCGUACAUCGAGGCGCAGGAGGCAGAAGAACGUAAGCUUUUGCGCAUCAUUUCGGAGGCUGAAAUGGAGCGAACCAAACAGAAAAAGGAGUUAGAGCAAGUAGUUAGCGAGCGCGAUAUCCUUGGCACUCAGUUGGUAAGGCGAAACGACGAAUUGGCGCUGCUAUACGAAAAGAUACGCAUUCAACAGUCUAUCCUGAACAAGGGUGAGGCGGAAUACAACAAAAGGCUGGAUGAUGUACGUCUUCUUAAGACAGAGAUACGCCGACAACGUCGGGAGAAGGCACUUUUGCAGGCCAGUGUAGUUAAGCUGGAGGAUUUGAAGCGGGAGGUUUUCCACAUCGAACGCGAAUUGAUGCGAGAAAGAACGCGAUGUAAAGCCCUCGAGGAGGAGCUCGAGAACCCAAUGAACGUACACCGAUGGAGGAAGCUUGAGGGCAGCGAUCCAUCCACAUUUGAAAUGAUCCAGAAGAUCCAAACACUGCAGAAGAGACUUAUUAUGAAAACCGAGGAGAUUGUGGAAAAGGAGCUGCUGAUUCAAGAAAAAGAAAAAUUGUACUUGGAGCUGAAACAGAUAUUGGCUAGGCAGCCCGGACCCGAAGUUGCUGAGCAGUUGAAUAUCUACCAGGCUUCACUGAAGGAGAAGACAAAGCAGAUGAAAGUAUGUCGUACAUAUUAUCACCUAUUGUCAUUUAAUUUCAUGACGUAA